CGUUGCUGUGUUGAGAAAGGCCACACCUCUUCUAGUAUCAGUGGGAUAAACCGAAAGGGCCACCGAGAUAUUCGUAGCUGAGUCGCUCGUCAAUCUGAAGAGCAGUCUGUUAACGACCGAGGGAAAAGCCAGAGCGAUGGGGAAAGCAUAUGUGUGGAGCAUACUCAUAUUGAGUGUACCAGCGGCGUGUGAGCUGCUUAGCGUGCCAUCAUAUACGAAUCUCGUCGCAGCUUUACACAAACAUUUCGCGUCAAGAUGCACAUACAUUAUACACGAUGAACACUACAAUGAAGGCAAUAUUCGAAGCAGUAUGAGUUCAACGAAGUUCAGAAAAGAGCUUUCACACUUGUUUAUUCCGGCUGGCUCCAUCAAGUUUGAAGGAAGCGUCGUAAGUCGACUGUCUUGCAAUGAACAGAAUCCAUUCUUCAUCGUCAUAUUACACAGUAAAAAAAUACAUCUUUCGUUACAGACGCUGGAACAAAGCACGAUUUCAAAAUCCAAAUGGCUGAUGAUUGCUGAAGAAGGUUUCGAUAUCAAUAACAUUCUCGCUGGCGCAUUCAUCCCUUUUAAUACAGAAUUUGUAUUAGCCAUGCGUAACGGAGAAAUUUACAAUGUUAGUGAAAUAUAUCAAGUUUCUCCAGAAUUCUCUUUAACGACAGUGGCCCUUGGUGAAUGGGACCCUAAGAGGAAUCGCAGCUGGAAUAUACCGAGCAUUUACAGACGUAGAACCGACUUACAGGGCGUUACUUUAAAUGUUACAACUUUGGAGUAUUCUCCAAUGUUAAAGCUGAACGAGAAUAGCAUUGGCGGUUUCUUUGGCAUUGUUUGGACCCAGCUCGAGAAAACACUAAAUUUCAAGAGCAGAUUUAAACGACCUCCUGAUAACGCCUGGGGGACAAUGGACGAAAAUGGGACGUGGGAUGGGAUGAUAGCGUUGCUGUUGAGUGGAGAGGCUGAUGUAGGUGUCAAUGCCUUUACGCUGACGAAAAGCCGUUUAACUGCUGUUGAUUUUAGCUCUCCAGUCAUCUACACAAGUAUAUGUAUUUUCAUUGCGCUACAAAAAACUCGCGAGUUCGCGUGGACGGACUACGUGAGACCAUUCAGCUCCUGGCUGUGGCUGGCAGUGUGUGUGUGCAUGAUGGGCCUAUCGCUGUGCAUGCCACUGCUACACCACGCAGGAAGGCUCGCCGGCACCUACGCUUACGAACCGCAGUGCCAUAACCCUGUAAUAAGCAUUUUCUACGUAUUUGGUAUAUUCUGCCAGCAAGGUCAUGACCUUACUCCUGAGUCUCUACCCUGCCGUGUUCUGUAUUUUACUGCAUACAUAACAGCUGUCAUAAUUCUGGCAUCGUACUCAGCUGGCCUUAUAGCUUUCCUUACUGUGAUAAAAGUGUCCAUCCCGUUCACGGACUUCAAUAGUCUUCUUGACCUUGGAACAUAUCGCCUAGGUAUGGCCCACAAGUCUGGAGUGCUGAAUGUUUUUAAUGAUGCUACAUUACCGCUGCUGAAGAAUAUAUAUCGGAAGCUUAUACUGCCAGGUAUAAACAACUUGCCCAAAAACCAAGAAGAUGUAGUGAAGCGACUGUGCAGCUCCAAAUACGCUUACAUGCGAUCGCGGAUCCUUGGUGUGAGGGACGACAGCGGUAGCUGCAACAUCGUGCCCGUUCCACAAGCUUCUCUGCCGGAGACACUCGGCUUGGUCUUCCCCAAGAACAGCACCUACAGGGGGCUCAUCAACGUUGUGUUGCAGAGGUAUAAGGAAAUUGGAGUCUUGAGAAGAACUGAAACCGAAAUAUGGCCGAAGGCCGUGCAUUUCGAGGACAACAGCUACACAACAGUGGGCUUUGAUAAAGUAAUUCCAGUUUUCGUAGUACUGUCCGUGGGCAUGGCUUUGUCUAUCAUCAUUUUCUGCCUCGAGUACGCGAAGGUUUUUCCGAUAGCGAAGUUGCAGGAGCUCUGUUACGGAGAAGAGUAUGCCGGCGGCGUGUAUGAACAGCCGGAUGAGGGCCUCUUUGCGAGUACUGUCAUACGUUCGGCGCAGACUUCAUCUGGUUCGCAUGAGAUCAGGUCUAUUGCUCAUGCCGUCGGAGAAGGCAGUGUUCCCGAGGAUGGUUCCGCUAGAAUGGUUGAUGGGACGGACAAAUACCUGGCUGUUGAUCUACAAGGAAGCAUCAAUGUUCGGCAUACUUCACCUCCCCGCAGCUAACAGCAGACAACAUAUUUUUUCGAGUUUUUACUAAGAGAAUUCCAAUUUAUGAAACUAAUUCUUUUGACAAAAAGUGUAACUCACUGUAAUUUUGUUACUUCAAGCAUUAAAUAAAUUUUCUACGAG